AUGGCUCCCUCACCGGAUCAUCAUGGGAGUGCAGUAUUGAGUGAUAUGAACCGGGACGCAGAAUAUGAUCUCAGCGACAAGGACACGGAAAAGCAGCAAGAGGAAAAAGCUCGUCCAGAAUAUCAGGACACCUUUGGCGAUGAAGAAUACGCCGAGGUGAAGUACAAGGUGUUGAGCUGGUGGUAUGUUGUGGCGCUACCUCAGUUGUCAAAAGAUGACAAUUUACUGACCAGCUUCAUACAGGCAAUGUGGUUUUCUGAUGGUCGCGGAAACAGUCUCACUGGGAAUUCUCUCGUUACCCGCCGUGGUUGCUGCCUUAGGCCUUGCCCCUUCAGAUGGCGCUACCCUCACAUUCAAAGCAUGGCCGAUGCUGGCGAGGUCCUUCUCGGCAAGUUCGGCCGCGAGUUCUUGGGAACCGGCCAGCUUCUGCUAGUCAUUUUCAUUAUGGCUAGUCACAUCCUGACCUUUACGGUGGCUAUGAAUUCCAUCACCGACCACGGAACCUGCUCCAUUGUCUUUGGUGUUGUGGGACUAGUCAUCUCAUAUGUCUUAUGUUUACCGCGUACAUCCGCCAAGGUGUCGUAUUUGUCUAUUGCUUCUUUCAUCAGUGUCUUUAGCGCCGUAAUGAUUGUCAUGAUUGCCCUCGGCAUCCAACGCCCGUGGCACGGUGGUGUCCAGGCAACCGUCGAUACUAGCCUGUACAAGGCGUUCCUUGCUGUGUGCAACAUUGUAUUUUCUUUCUCGGGCCAUGUUGCCUUUUUUGGAUUCAUGUCAGAACUCAAAGAUCCGAAAGAUUACCCCAAAUCUCUCUUUCUUCUUCAAGGCAUUGAUGUCAUCCUAUACAUCGUCACGGCUGUCGUUAUUUACUACUACGCUGGCCAGGAUGUGACUUCCCCUGCUUUAGGAUCUGCUAGUCCCGUGGUGCGCAAGGUCGCCUACGGCAUUGCGCUUCCUACUAUUAUCAUCGGUGGAGUAGUCAACGGCCACGUCGCGUGCAAGUACGUCUACGUCCGUCUGUUCCGUGGCAGCGACCGCAUGCACAAGAAGGAUCUAGUGGCCACCGGCUCUUGGGUACUUCUGAUGCUGGGCCUGUGGAUCGUGGCCUGGGUCAUCGCGGAGGCGAUUCCGGUAUUCAAUAAUCUUCUGAGCUUAGUUGUACGUGAUCUCGAUUUCUCUGCACUUCCGCCAAAUAUCCAACUGACAUAUAUACUAGGCCUCUCUCUUCGCGAGCUGGUUCACCUGUACGCUAUACCAACCCACCCCGACCCUCCAUUCCCUGAACAUCAAAUACUAACAAAAGUAAUAGACGGCCUCAGCGCCACAUUCUGGCUCUACCUCAACAAGGACCGCCUCUUCGCAACGCCAAUGAAAAUCUUCCUCACCAUUCUCAAUGUCCUUAUAUUCGCCAUCGCAGGAUGCAUCCGCUAG